UGGUUUCUUUUCAAACAAAAUGGUUGUCAAAAUCUUCCUUAUAUAUUGCUAUUGUCUUUGCCUUCCUCUUUCUGUUUCUUGACCCAAUCCCUAACCCCAGAAAACCCUACACUCUUUCACCUUUCUUCAUCACAAACAUCCAACAUCUGCUUCAUUCUUCAACACCCACAUCAUAAAGAUUCAGAGAAACUUGGUUCAUUGAUGAAAAAUGGGCAUUCAAAGCCCUUUUAAGGAUCAUCCCCAUUCUCUUAGAAGGAAACUGUUGCCUUAUGCUCUCUAUGCUCUGCUCCUGAUUGCCAUCGUUCAUUUAUACUUCUUCCCUUCCCUCACCUCUCUACCAUCAUCCACCACCACCACCACCACCCCCGCUGCCGUUGAUCACCUUCUGACCCCCAAAUCUACACCUUCUCCUUCCACAGUUUUUGUGGAAGAAGAGAGGAAGACCAAUGGUUGUGAUUAUACUGAUGGCAAAUGGGUCUAUGACCAAAUUGGUCCACUAUACAACUCAACUGCAUGUGGUACAAUCAAAGAUGGUCAGAACUGUGCUAGCCAUGGCAGGCCAGAUAUGGACUAUCUCUAUUGGAGAUGGAAGCCUAACAAGUGUCAUCUCCCCAGGUUUGACCCCAAUACUUUCCUCCAGCUAAUCAGAGACAAACACCUGGCAUUUGUGGGUGACUCCAUCGCUAGAAACCAGUUGGAGUCUCUUCUCUGUUUGCUUGCCACUGCCUCAACCCCUAAUCUUAUUUUCACCAGUGGUGAAGACAACAAGUUCAGAAAAUGGCAUUUUGCAUCCCAUAAUGUUAAUGUUUCAGUUUAUUGGUCACCAUUUCUUGUUAAGGGUAUUGAGAAAUCAGAAGAAACCCCUUAUAAUAGACUCUAUUUAGAUUCUGUUAAUGAUGUUUGGGCUAAAGAUUUGGGUGAAAUUGAUAUGAUGGUUCUGUCAAUUGGUCAUUGGUAUCUUCAUCCAGCAGUUUUUUACUAUAAUGAUUUAGUUUUAGGUUGCCAUUUUUGUGAUGGAAAGAACUUUACUGAGGUUGGAUUCUAUGAUGUUUUUGGGAAGGCAUUCAAUACUACCCUCAAGGCAUUGAUCGAUAGGCGAAUUGAUGUGAUUGUCACGACCUUUUCGCCCGCCCAUUUUGAAGGUGAUUGGGAUUCUUUAGAGGCUUGUUCGAAAACAAAACCGUUUGAGGAAAACGAAAGGAAACUAGAAGGAAUGGAUUAUGAGAUGAGAAAUCAAGAAAUGGAGCAAGUGAUGGCAGCCAAGAAAAAUGCCAAGGAUUUUCGUUUAGAGGCGUUAGAUGUGUCUAGAUUAGCGUUGAUGAGACCAGAUGGACAUCCGGGUCCUUAUAUGUAUCCGUUUCCUUUUGCUAACGGGAUCCCAGAAAGGGUACCGAACGAUUGUGUUCAUUGGUGCUUACCCGGACCUAUAGAUACAUGGAACGAGAUAAUGUUAGAUAUAAUGACAAGAUGGAAUCUUUAAACAAAUUUAGAUAGUUUAAUCCGGUUUCAGCAAUCAAGAUUGAGAAAUCAGGUAAAUCGAAUCCAAAAUACUUGGAUCGAAACAGAGGAGAUGAUGAUCAGCGACCUCGUUUUUCAGACGGAUUGAUGAAGAAAUUGUGGUAGAAUUCAAGAUAUGGUGCUUGUUUACUGCUGUACAGAUAAGAUUACUUCAUAUUCUGUAACUUUUGAGGUAAAUUCCGAACACAUUCAUGCUAUUUAUUUAUUAUAUUCACAUAUGAAUCUGAGGCCAGAAAAUGCAUUUGUUUUGA